UGAAUUUAUAGCAUAAAACCUAUACAUACUUUCACAUCGUUAUAAGUAGAUAACUGGAUAUACAUCUGAAGCUUAGAGACAUUUUACGUCUCAUUUUAGCCUUGUGGUGUGAAUGAGCCAUUCCAUCCCUUCAGCUGUUCUUUUGGUUAUGUUCUUCUUGAUUCCACUCUCCACCAAAUAGCUUUGAAUGCUAUAAGACAAGGAGUUGACAUGUUCCAAACUUCCAAAGAAGAAAAUCUCUAGCCACAUGAAGCAUGUUCAGUCAUGUAUCUCAGUGACUCUCAACUCCUGACACAGGUGCAAGCCUUGUAGGAGUAUGCUUUAUGCAAAGGUACAUCAGACUUACAUUAUGCUAACGAAGCAAAAUGUCUUAACCUGACUUCCCCUGCCCGUUCUUGAAUUCCAAUUAGCAGUUUUGGCUCCUAAAUUUUAACGAAAUAUAGAGUAACCUCGUCGAGCAAGGAUCCUUUAAUCUCAUUUGAGGAACAGAUGUUGAGCUUAAUAAAAUAAACUUCACAUGCUCUGAUUAGCAAAAGAAAGACCUACAUCUAAUACACUAGUUACUUAUUCAACUUUAUUACUAGCCAGUCAGCUAUGGAAUGUUAGAAAGCAGUUUCCUACUCAGAGCUAUUACAAGCAUAACUCUGAGGAGCACCUAAAGGAUGCGACAAUGGACAUUCUGCUUUAAGCUACUUACUCUGUCUCUCUAUCUCUGCUUUAAGUUCUUAUUUUCUCCUUCCUUAAUACAAAUAUUGAUUUUUGUCGUGGUGUUUUCUCUAGGUGUAUGAUGUGACUCCAUUCAUGGAAGAUCAUCCAGGUGGUGAUGAAGUUUUGCUUUCAGCAACAGGGAAAGAUGCAACAAAUGACUUUGAAGAUGUCGGCCAUAGUGAUGAUGCUAGAAAGAUGAUGGAUAAAUAUUACAUUGGAGAAAUCGAUGCAUCAACAGUUCCCUUGAAACAUGCUUAUGUCCCACCACAACAAACCCCAUAUAAUCCAGACAAGACUCCGGAAUUCGUUAUCAAAAUCUUGCAGUUUCUUGUGCCCCUCUUGAUUUUGGGUUUAGCCUUUGUUGUGCGACACUAUACCAAGGAGAAGUAAAUCCUUUGCAUUCUAAUUUGGAUUGUCAGAGCACUUAUGUAGUUGUCAAAUGAAACACCUGGUUUAUAUAGUUCAUUAUGGAGCUGCAAUAUCUGAACUUGAUUUAUUGUACUUUGUAUGAGUUGCAACAGUGUCCAUUUGUAGUGCAUCCUGUAUGUAAACAAUGAACUUUACCUGGCUUAUGUUUAUGAUGAUAUUUGAGAUGCGCCCUUCUUCAUUA